AUGAGCGUAGAGAUCCUAGACGGGAGCACGGUGCGGAGCUUCGUGGAGGACGAGGGCGCCUUCAACUCCUCGGUGGACGGCCGGUUCGCGGCGCUGGACGCCGACCACGACGGCCUGCUCACCUACGCCGAGAUGGCCGGGGAGCUCAUGAGCCUGCGCGUGCUGGAGAAGCACUUCGGCGUGGACGACGCCGUGGUGGCGCCCGACGAGCUCGCAGGGCUGUACCGCAGCCUCUUCGCGCGGUUCGACAGGGACGGCAGCGGCAAGGUGGACAUGCACGAGUUCCGGGCAGAGAUGAAGGAGGUGAUGCUCGCCGUGGCAAACGGGCUGGGCUUCCUCCCCGUGCAGAUGGUCGUCGAGGAAGGCAGCUUCCUCAAGGUCGCCGUCGACAGGGAGCUCGGACAGCUCGCCAAAGCUGCAUGA